AUGACAUACAAUGAGGCGGCGCUGUCAAAGUAUCGCGGCCUGCUGGAUAGCGGUGAGCCGUUUCGCAGCAGGACAUGCCGAUACUGUUCCAGUGGAAACACGGCGGUAAAGCAUAUAAACAGCAAAAAGAAACCCAAUUCGCCGUGGGACUUUUGGAACGGCAUUGCUUGUUCCCCAACCGCCUCACAUGCACGCGCGGAGGGGCGCAAGAGGACGCCAAUGUAUGUUGUGGGACCAAUGGUGGACCAAAGCGAACUGCCAUUCCGUCUGCUCUGUCGGCGUUAUGGGGCUACACUGGCAUACACCCCAAUGUUUCAUGCAAAGAGCUUCGCCCAAAGUGCACACUACCGCCAACGCUACUUUUCAACAACAACAUUUCCUCCACAUUCCGCCAUGGAAUCAGGGGGAAAUGUUGCCGCUAACGAUAGCACCAGUAACGAUGGGGCAUUAGAUAAUGACCAUCCGCUGUUCGCUCAGUUCUGUGGAAAUGACCCUGAAACCGUCCUUGCCGCCGCUCGACAUGUGGAGGAUUACUGCGAGGCCGUUGAUUUCAACAUCGGUUGCCCGCAAGGCAUCGCCCGCCGUGGCCAUUAUGGCUCGUUCCUCAUGGAGGACUGGGAAUUGCUUCACAACAUUCUCCAUGCGUUAGCAGUUGAGCUUCGCGUCCCUGUAACAGCAAAAAUGAGAAUAUUUGACGAUGAGGCACUGACACUAAAAUACGCUGAGAUGCUGCGUGACACGGGAAUCUAUGUCCUCUGUGUGCAUGGCCGGACCCGCGAAAACAAGGGACAGCAACAGCAGCCCGCAGACCUACGAAUGAUACGCCGUGUGCACGAGCAUUUGAGGGGUUCUAUUCCUAUCAUUGCAAACGGCAACGUGCUUACAUUCGAGGACGUGCCACGAAACUUAGCCAUAACGGGUUGCGAAGGAUAUAUGUGCGCAGAGCCUCUGCUGUGGGAUCCGAAGUUGUUUGCACCGUUAGCUUCAAGUUCGACCGCGGAGUUCGCUCCCAACAUAACCGAUUCAACCUUAUCAACUUCUCCAGCACCGUCCACAGUUCGCAGUGGUCGGCUCUUUGCGGAGUCCCGGCCGACACGUCUGAAAGCACUGGCCACGGCGUCAGAAUACCUGGAGCUAGUUCGUCGUUUCCCUGUGGACAUUGGUUUCGUCAAGGCGCACUUCUUCAAGAUGCUGUACCACAGCUAUGAAAUGCAUCCGGCGCAUCAACAGUGGCUAGCAAAUUUCAGCAUUAAUGGCAGUAACGUUGGCAACGAUGUUGUCGAAAACUGUGCGACGAGUCACUGCGGCGAGCAAAGGGAAACGACGGUGGUGGGCCGCGAUAUCUUCACAGCGGCUCUUGACGCCCUAACCGAUCAUCUUCAUUCGCUUCAGAAAGCCGAACUUUCGUUAGAACACGACGGCCCGCAGCCGAAGCGUCAGCGGGAGCUUAAGGUGGGAGAAGAAGGAAAGGAACGGCAGCAGCUGAAGAAUGGAAGGAGAGUGGACGCUUUAACGGAUACCUUUGCGGAUGACGAAACGCUUGGCAUCGACUUCUUGAUGUGA